AUGCGCUUCUUCCAGGUAUGGCCGCUGUUUGCAGCAGUUUGUAUUGCUGCAGAUUACACCCUGAUCAACUGUUUCGCAAGCUUACCAUCAGGUUUCUCGCUGGAUGAUACGUACGAGUAUCAGGCCAGUGCAUACUGCUACAGCAAGUGUGUCGCUCAAAACGCGAACUAUUUCGCUUUAUUCAAUCACAGCAGUUGUUAUUGUGGAAAUACAAAUCCUAACGGAGUGGUGAGUACCUCUGACUCUUGUACGGCUUAUUGUUUCGGCUAUGACUCCGAGAUGUGCGGUGGGACUUCAGCUUAUUCUCUAUACGCGAUCGGAGACGCAGAUACCGGAUCUCAAUCUAGCAGUGCUUCAGGUUCGGAAUCGAGUUCCAGCAGUGGCUCUGACGCAUCUAGCUCGACUGCAUCAAGUUCUAACUCCGGUAGCAGCGCUUCCGGCUCGUCUAGCACGUAUUUGUCGAGCUCGAUAUCGUCAAGUGAAACGACAUCCACGACUCCAUCCUCUUCCACCACAGCGGCUGCGUCAAGCACAGCAGAAUCUACAACCGCAGCCAGUCCUUCAAGCUCCUCAGGCGAUGACCACGUCGUCAUAUCGACGUCUGUUCAGACAAUGGGGGGCUCCACGGUUUACGUGACGCAAAGUAUAACGCAAAGCGCGUCUAGCGCAUCAGAAACGUCGUCUACGAAAAAAUCGUCUAAACCCAAGAACCUCGGGGCUAUCAUUGGAGGUGUAGUGGGAGGCGUUUGCGGGGCUGCGGCAGUAGCUGUGGGCAUCCUGCUUGUGAUACGUCACAUCAAUAUAAAACGCGAGCAAGAGCGUAUGGAGAAAGAAUACCAAGAAGCCAUCAAACCCGUAGACUUCGACGAUACCCUUUACCAAUCUUCCGUUUCGUCACGCAAAGGUGGCGUUAAUCCAUUCGACGACACUCGCCGUAUUAGCAAUGGAUCUUUGGAACAAGACACGGUGGUUCCUUCGCCACACAACCAUAAUGUUUUGACGGUUGUGAACCCUGACGAAUAA